GUCACACUGAUAACAACCAUAACAAAACCAAAUUAUAAAUGUUUAAAUUUGUGCCAAGAAAAUGGCACAAUUAAGCCCCCUGGUGUAUUGGUCACAGACCAAACAAACGCUGCAGCUGAAGGUGGACCUCAAAGAUGCAAAGGGCGCCAUCGCGGACUUUUCGCCGGUGUCGGUUUCUUUUAGUGCAAGCGGUCAUGGGGCUCGGGGUGUGAAUACGUACAAGUUCGAUCUGCACUUCUAUUCGCUGAUCGAUGACGAGCAAGCCACGUUUGUGGUGAGCGACAACAAAAUAGAGCUGCUGAUAAGGAAACUGGAGCCGGCCUGGUGGCCCCGUCUUGUGGCCACUCCCCAGAAACCCCACUGGCUGAAGGUGGACUUUGACCGCUGGCGCACAGAAGACGAUGUGGAACAGGAGAAUGAGGAGGCGCCGCGAGAUGUGCGACAGGACUACGAGAAGGAAUACAACGACCUGCAGAGGCAAGAGCUCGGCUAUGUCAAGGAAAAAACCAAAAAGGUUUACCUAAUGUUCUACAACCUGGCCAUGUUUGUGGGCUACUUGUAUGUGGUGUCCGUCAUGGGCGUGCUCUACUACCGCGAUGGCUACAACAGUAUAACUAAGACGUACGCCCAUGUAGGAAAUGCAUUCAAAUUUGUCCAACUGCUGCAGUACCUGGAGGUUAUGCACCCGCUCUUCGGCUACACCAAGGGCAGCCCCCUAGUGCCAUUCUUCCAAGUGUCGGGACGCAAUUUCAUUCUGUUUUUGAUGAUCGAAUGGGAGCCCCGUAUGCAUGCCAAACCGGUGGUUUUCUAUGUAUUCCUCAUUUGGUCUCUGGUUGAGCUAAUUCGCUAUCCAUUCUACCUCAGUCAGCUGUUGGGCCGCGAGGUUGGCUUGCUCACCUGGCUGCGCUAUACCAUCUGGAUACCGCUCUACCCCAUGGGCAUCGUUUGCGAGGGCAUUAUAGUGCUGCGAAACAUUCCCUACAUCGAGGAAACCAAACGCUUCACAGUGGAAAUGCCCAACAAACUAAACAUCACCUUUGACAUGGUUCUCUUCCUGAAACUCUACCUCCUGCUGCUCAUUCUGCCAGGCACCUAUCUGGUCAUGUCGCACAUGUCCAAGCUGCGUGCCAAGAAGCUCGGAAGAGGUCGUGGCAAGCGCAGGCAGCUACACGCCGACUAGUUUACGCACUGCACUGUCAGGUGCACUGUUUCGUUCCUUUUGCGACAAGUCCAUUUAGUCGUUAUACCCUUGCAAAGGCUCUUCUAAUGUAACGCACAGACAAGACACGACCAUUCCCGACCGUUUAAAUAUACUCUCUCGUAUGUAUUGUUAAUCAGGAGAACAACCCGAAUUUAUCUAGCCAUGUCCGUCUGUCUAGAUUUAUGAACUUUUCACAUUUUACUAUUCAUAAUCUCGGAGAGUAGAGAUUGUGUUUUUAUAUAUUGAUCAUGGUGCCCAUAUCACAACACAUAUGUAUUGAAUUGUUAUUGUAAACCCAUCUGUCCAGACACUGAGAAACAAUCAGAUUUUUGGUUCAUCCUGUCGUCCAGCUGCAAGGGUAUUUGUACUUCGGCCCGCCGAUGAUAUUUUUAUGCAUUUUUCUAGUUGCGUUUUAAAAAGCAUUAAAAACCCAAAGAAUUAUCUAUACGUAUUCAUU